UGCUAGCCACCUGGAGAAUUGCGAGUUCGAUCCCCGCCAUGACCGAGGAGGCUCCUGCCGUCUCCGCUCCGGCGGCUGCCCCCGCGGCGAGCAAGGCGGUGGCCAAGAAAGCCAAGAAGGCAUCGGGCGGUUCCAAGCCCCGCAAGGCGGCCUCGGGGCCCAGCGUGACGGAGCUACUGGUGCAGGCGGUGUCGGCCUCCCAGGAGCGCAGCGGGGUGUCGCUGGCCGCCCUGAAGAAGGCGCUGGGGGCGGGCGGCUACGACGUGGAGAAGAACAAGAGCCGCCUCAAGCUGGGCCUGAAGAGCCUGGUGGCCAAGGGCACCCUGGUGCAGACCAAAGGCACGGGCGCCUCAGGCUCCUUCAAGCUCAACAAGAAGCAGUUGGGAGACGGAGGGAGAAGAGGUGGAAAGAGAGCAACUUUAACUUCCAAUGCGUUCUCCAAGGAGGCCAGGAGCAAGAAGCCUUCCACUGCACCCGGGAGCACUAAGCCUGCCAAGAAACCCGCAGCUUCCCCGGCCAAGAAAGCGGUCAAGAAGCUGGCGGUGUCCAGGGCCAGAAAAGCCGCCAAGAGCCCCUCAAAGGCCAAGGUCGGCAAGCCCAAGAAAGCUGCCAAGAAGUCAGUCAAGGCGAAGCCCAAGCCCAAGAAGGCCCCCAAAGCCAAGACAGCCAAGCCCAAAAAGGCAGCGCCCAAGAAAAAAUAGGGAAGCCCCACCAGAGUUGCCCUGAAGCCCCCACCCCCCAAAAGGCUCUUUUCAGAGCCGCC